AUGGCGACCACUAAUGACAUUCAAGAAGAAGAACCCCCCACGACUGCACUUGAGAAGCAAGUUAAGACGCUCGCCGCAGCUGUGGAGCGCCUCACCAAACAAAACCGCAACCUGGAGGAGCAGCUGAACCAGAAAAACGCGGCACCAAAUAACCAAGGAGCGGAUCAAGAAGUAACCAGCGCUAAAAGGAGGGAUCACAGGGAUAAAUAUUGCUGCUUCCACCGUGACCAUGGUCACAACACAGUUGAUUGCUAUGACUUGAAGCAACAGAUUGAAGCCCUUAUCAGACAGGGAAAACUGCAAAGGUUCGUCAGUAAGGAGAGAACAGAUCCACCCCCACAAGAACAGCACCCUCGACGAGAGAACGAGCGACCAAGACCCCCCAUAGGGGACAUAAGGAUGAUAGUGGGAGGAACAGCUGCAGUCGGAUCUUCAAAAAAGGCUCACAAAACCUACCUCAAGAUGGUACAAAAUGUUCAGCUAACUGGUACCGUGCCAAAGAUAGCACGAAGAGAAGGCCCCAUUAUCGGAUUCUCAAAAGAUGAUGCGCGAUGUCUGCACGAUCCACAUGACGAUGCGCUCAUCGUUAGCAUAAGGGUAGGAGACUACAACAUGCACCGAGUGUUGGUCGACAACAACAGCUCAGCAGAUAUCCUAUACUAUCCGGCAUUCCAGCAAAUGAAGAUUGAUAAGGAACGAUUAAUUCCGACAAACGCCCCGCUCAUUGGCUUCUAA